AUGCUAGGGUUAUCGACGAUUAGGGUUAUACGCAUCAAGAGCGAUCUGGCUGAUACCAAAUGGUCACUAAAAUCUGUCUUGCACGGGGUUACUAUGAAAACCAACGAGCUCGAGCGACAUCUUCUAAAGCCAUCGCAGGAACUGGAAGAGGCUCCUCUUAAGGCCAUGAAUCUUCCAAGUGGAAGGGAAAACUUGCCUCCAAGGGCUGAUCCUAUCAAAACCAAAUCCCAAUCGGAACCUUCUCUCAACGUUAAUCCUCCAAGCAUUAUGUACUGCCAAGCAUUACAACAUGGUAUGGAAAAGUAA